AAAAGAGUUAUUUUAUUCAUACUAAAAAAUGUGAUCACAUAGCUUUAUAUAAUCGUACUAACUCUGACUACCUAAAACGCUACAUAUAUGUGUAUUACAUCAGAUUAUAACGCUUUACUAACUAACUAAAUAAAUGCUGACUAACUCUUUGCAUUAAAAUUGAUUUGUUCACUUCCAAUUUAAAGAGUGUGAUUUUAGAGGAAUAAGAAAGAAAUAGGAAGAAAAGAAAAAGAAAGUAAAUAAUAUAAUAGAUGGUACGAUAUAAAAGGAUAAAAAAAUAGAGACAAAUAAUAAAUGCAAGAGAAAGUGAGCUUAAAAUAUAAUUAUAUAUCUAUAAAGAAUAUUCACUCGUACACUUAACCCCCUAGUUAUGCUUCGUUGUUUAUUUUCGUCAAGGUGUAUGCUAGUGAUAUAACUAUAAAAGUAACAGGACAUUGUUUAUCUUUUGAAGAGAAAAUAAACCUUGUGUCCCAUCCCGGAAAUCCAGGCUCUAUAGUUACUAGCUAAUUAAAUACUACGAACACUAUAUACACAUUACUCGUAUCGACGUGCAUUAACAAAGUGAAAGGAAAAAUUAUUUAGAUAAGGCAAUUUUGACUAAUCCUGAAGUAUCUGAUCUGUCUAUCUAUCGUCUAAGCAAGCCGCAUGGAAAACCCCAGUUUUAAUGUCAAGCAACUACCAAUAAUUCAAUUUUUAGUUGUGUGUCUUAAUCACACUCCCUUUACAUGCAGGACCUGACAAUAACAACUCAUGAAAAUCAAUGAUCACCUAAAAAUAUCAGCACCCUCAUAAAUAACAUGUAUCAGAAACUCAGUCGGUCAUUUCCACGUCCAAUCUUUUUAUAAGCUUUAUCCGAAUGCCAUUCACAUAACUGACAGACACCAUGAAAAUAUUUUCCGCUACAGAGCUUCUGAUCUGUCCGUUUUUUCUGCUGUUGCUACUUUACCUUUCUUGUCAGUGCUUAUCACUUGAUAGCAUAACCAUAAACCAACCCAUGAAAGACGGCGACCGUUUAGUCUCCAUAGACCGAGGAAACUUUGCACUCGGUUUCUUUAGCCCAAGAAACUCUACAGAGCGUUACAUCGGGAUAUGGUACAACAAAAUCUCGGAACAAACGGUCGUGUGGGUUGCCAACAGAGACACUCCUCUGAACGACACUUCCGGUGUUCUCUCCAUCAACAACCUCGGAAACAUCGUACUCCACCACCACCACAACAACCCAGACCUUAACCCCGUUUGGUCUUCCAACGCUUCCACCUCAUCUGGCAACGUUUCAGCCAAGCUUCUGGACACGGGAAACUUUGUUUUGAUCCAAACUGACAAUAAUAAAGUUCUGUGGCAGAGUUUUGAUUAUCCAAGCAACACUUUGCUUCCGUUCAUGAAACUCGGGUUGGACCUCAAAACCGGUGUGAACUGGUUCCUAAGAUCUUGGAAAUCCCCGAACGACCCAGGAACCGGAAACUUAACUUACAGGAUCGACCCGACUGGGUUUCCCCAGCUCUUUCUAUUCAAGGACAAUACUCCGUUAUGGAGGGUGGGGUCGUGGACGGGUCAGAGAUGGAGCGGGGUACCCGAGAUGACUCCGAACUUCAUUUUCAGCGUUAGCUACGUCGACAAUGAAAGUGAAGUUUCCAUAUUGUACGGAGUGAAGGAUCCCACGGUAUUCUCGAGAAUGGUGCUUGAAGAGACAGGUCACGUGACAAGGUUCACGUGGCAAGCUCACGAGCACAGGUGGUUUCCAAUCUGGGAUGCUCCGAAGGAGGAGUGCGACAACUUCAGGCGGUGCGGGUCGAACGCGAACUGUGAUCCGUAUAACGCAGAUAAGUUCGUAUGCGAGUGUUUACCCGGAUUCGAACCCAAGUUUGAGAGAGAAUGGUAUCUUAGAGACGGGUCGGGUGGGUGUGUGAGGAAGCGCAACGUGUCCACGUGUCGAAGUGGUGAGGGGUUUGUGGAAGUGCCACGUGUGAAGGUUCCAGAUACUUCCAAGGCGCGUGUGGAUGCAACGAUGAGUAUGAGAGAGUGCAGGGAGAGCUGCCUCAAGGAUUGUUCUUGUGCAGCGUACACGAGUGCCAACGAGAGCUCCGAUAGUGGGUGUGUUACUUGGCACGGUGACAUGGAGGAUACAAGGACUUACACACAAGUCGGACAAAGUUUGUUCGUACGAGUGGAUGCACUUGAAUUGGCUAAAUAUUCAAAACAUCCGUAUGGUUCCCUUGGCAAGAAGGGGAUGGUAGCAAUUUUAACCAUUGCUAUUUUCUUGUUAUUGUUUUUGGGGAUCACUUUCUUGUAUUGGUUUGUAAAAGGCAGGAAAAAUGGGAUAAGAAGGGAUCGAAAGUAUUCCUUUCGUCUUAGGAUUGAUGACUCUCCCAGUCUUCAAGAAUUUAACAGUACGCAAAAUUCAGAUUUACCAUUCUUUGAUCUUAGCUCCAUAGCUGCUGCAACAGACAAUUUCUCUACAGAUAACAAGCUUGGUCAAGGUGGUUUCGGUUCUGUUUAUAAGGGUACACUGAGUAAUGGAAUGGCAAUAGCAGUGAAGAGACUGUCAAAGUAUUCUGGACAAGGCAUAGAAGAGUUUAAAAAUGAGGUUGUUUUGAUUUCAAAGCUCCAGCACAGAAAUCUUGUGAGGAUCUUAGGCUGUUGCAUUGAAGGGGAGGAGAAGAUGUUAAUCUACGAGUAUUUGCCUAACAAAAGCUUGGACUCUUUCAUUUUUGAUGAAUAUAAAAGGUCACAGCUAGACUGGAGAAAACGUUUUGAUAUCAUCUGUGGGGUUGCUAGAGGGAUCUUAUACCUUCAUCAAGAUUCACGAUUAAGAAUCAUUCAUAGAGACCUAAAGGCCAGUAAUGUCUUGCUGGACUCUUCACUGAACCCAAAAAUUGCAGAUUUUGGCAUGGCUAGAAUAUUUGGUGGAGACCAAAUUGAAGCAAACACAAAUCGUGUAGUUGGAACCUAUGGCUAUAUGUCACCAGAAUAUGCCAUGGAAGGACAAUUUUCAGUAAAAUCUGAUGUAUACAGCUUUGGAAUUUUACUUCUAGAGAUUGUUACCGGCAGAAAGAAUAGUGGUCACUACGAAGACAUUACAUCCACAAACUUAGUUGGACAUAUAUGGAAUCUAUGGAAAGAAGGCAAAGCCAUGGAGAUUGUUGAUCCAUCAUUAGGAGAGUCAUGCUCUGACCGUGAAGUCCAAAGAUGCAUUCAAAUUGGGCUUUUGUGUGUGCAAGAUUAUGCUGUAGAUAGGCCAUUUAUGUCAACAGUUAUUUUCAUGUUGGGUAAUGACUCAACUCUUCCUACUCCAAAACAACCAGCAUUUAUUUUCAAGAAAACUAAUUAUGAGAGUUCAAAUCCAUCAACAAGUGAUGGACAUUAUUCAGUAAAUGAGGUAAGUAUGACUAUGGUUGAAGCUCGCUGAUGGCCAAGGCUCGUAACUAUGAUGCUAGUGGUAUGAAUAGAAAACCAAGAUUUGCCAAAAUAUUGUAUAUGAAAAUUCACUGGUAAUCCGAUUCAAAAUGAUGAUUUAAAAUCAGGGUUCAUAUGGGGAUGAGGCUCAGUCCCGCAUUUUACCUCUUGUUGUAUAACUAUACAGCGCUAAUUAUAUUUCUGUGUAAAUAAUAAUAAUAAAUGUACCACCUUGUUAACAAGAGUCUCUUCUUUCUUUAUUCUAUUGUUUUUAUUUCAUUUUUUUGGUUCGAAAUUAAUCUAAAGUUAAAUUGUUGCUGUAGGCUUGUCAUAAAGCUACAACUUAAUAUCAAAAGAAGAGGAAAGUUAAUGUUGUAU